AGCCUCUAUUUGUAUGUGCAUGUUGAUGUUUGUAAGCCUCUAUUUCCAGAAUGAAAAGACGACGUAUCACUCAGAUUGUGGGAAGUAGUAUCUUUCGCUCAGGUAUUACACAAAUGAGAUGUUGCACCCACCCACCACUCCACUAGAGCAUUACAACAGCACAAUGAUAUGUAUUUCUGGAGAGACACCUAGGGACAAGGGACUUAUAUUGUACCUGAAUGACAGAGGGGAUGACACUUAUAGAGGCUAGUGCACAUGGAAAGACGGACAGAAUAAGUGUUAAUCUGAGAAUCAAUUCAGCACAGUCGACAUUGAAAGGAAACACGUUGACAUGUCAUGUGAACAUAUAACCUGUAACCAUGUCAAUAUGUAUAUAGUAACAUAAGCAAGCUGUUCAGUCUGCGUUGCCCUCCUGAAUUGCACAGGCUGCGUGAACAAUGGUGAACCUCGGACACAAGCAUUCGUGAUGGCGACUGUUUAUUUACUGUGAUGAGUAAGUAACCAGGUCACACGCUCCAUCGCCUGCAGUAUUUGUGAAUAUUCAACGGCGUGUGAACAUAGUGUAUAUCUUCUUUCCGACAUGUACACAUAUGGCUACAAGUGCCCCUUGUCUUUGCUACAAGGAUAUCCGGCUUCUUCCUGGUGGCGUCCUGACACGUUCACAUUACACAAUGCACCACCGUGUGCACCCGCUCCCCCAUCCCAUCAUCUUCCUUUCACUCCUCCCCUGAAGGUCGGCGGUGGUAAUAACAACCAGUAUACUAAGUUGCUUCGGUGGUCAUCACUGUACUGACCUGCAUGUACUGCCGUCAGGAGUAUGAGUUGAACUCCGGACACCCGCAUUACUACAACGCAACACUGGUGAACCUUGACAUUGCGACAAGUAGUCUGUCACAGUCGCUGGAGAGAAAGUUGUAAAUGAUAUUUAGCGAUAAUAACCUUUUGAAAACAGCCGAGCCACUUGAAUUUCCUGGAGUCGUUUGAAGGAUGUCGGCGUGUAUGCAGUCCUACUCACAACUCGCAGGCUACUAUGGAAACUGGAGAGACCAUGGAUUUCUGCAAGCUACAGUUGUGUUCAACAAUUUUUGUUGUCCUCCUACUGACAUGGCUGCCAGAUGCAACUGCUGCUGACGAUCCUUUUAGAUGUCAUGAACAAGGACCAUGCAGUCAAAACUGGCCAGGUAUGGCCAUGUCCCGGAUCAAUGGAUAUGAAUAACAAUGAAAACCUGACUUUUGAAGACUUCCACGGUCGGAUGGGUGCACUAUGGCACUGUGCUGAAAAUUUUACAACUUUUAAAUGGUAUAAGUUGAUAAACAAUACUCAUGUGCCAUUUCCAUGGGGACGAGAAAGCGGACUUGAACUUUGUGACAGCAAUCAGACCAUCAUUAUAAGAAGUCUGCAGAUGAGGGAUACAGGAACCUACAUAUAUAAAGCUAGCAAUGGAACAGCAGAUGUGUGGGGAUUUAUCAACUAUGAGGUUGCCUGCAAACCUGGAAGGAGUCAACUGAUCACGAAGGAACAACCAGAGCAGUACAUCACCCUGGGAGCUCAGAAAACGCUUCACUGUGCAGCAUACUUCGGAAACUGUGAUUAUCACAGUGAUGGUGCUGUCAUGUGGUAUGUACAAACGUCACAUGGUCAACAACAUCUUACCGCAAACACCACCAACCGCUUCAUCACAUGCAACACUGGUGGAUUCAAUGGACAAUCUUGCAAUCUUACCUUUUCAAAAGUGUCAGAAGAUGACUUUGGAGUGAAAUAUAUCUGUCUUCUGAUCAUACCAGAAGAGAGUUUAAGCUCGGAUAAUCAGUAUUCAGUCGUUUUUAUCAAACUAGACACUCUGAAAAAGUCAUGGCUGUUUAUUAUCAUUGGAACUGCCUUAGGCUGUGCAUUAGUCAGUGGGAUAACGGUCUUUAUAGUGCGUCACCAUGGAGAACGUAUCAAAUUUUGGCUGAGACGGCAGCCAGAACGAAGAUAUUGGAAACAUGAUGUGGUUCUGAUUCGUGAUGAAGACCACGAAUGUCUCGUAGAGAAUUACAUCAAACCUCAGCUGACGAAAGAAGGAUAUCGCAUCUGUGUCAUGAGACCAGGACAUCCUGCCAUCUUGGAGCAAACCAGUGGCAUUGUCAGUGCAUACAGUGUUAUCUUCUCCUUCUCUCCACAUGAAAUCCAUGGUGCUGAUUCACAUAUGCUUGCUGAGCUUGCUGCAAGUGCCAAGCAGAAACAUUCCCGGCGUAAUGUCGUUGUUAUUCGGAAAGAUGAAGAACAAGGCAUUGAUCACUCUCAAACCAGUUCAGCAGAGCAAAGACAGAUUCAGACAAGUGCAGGGUGUCAAAUAAAAAAUGCUUGGAAAGACUUGAAGCACUUGACAUGGCCUAAACUUGAAAUCAGUGAGGAAAGUGAUCAGCCAUUCCAUUCUAUACAACUAGACAAGUUCUGGAGUAGCCUCCAUAAACACCUACCCAGGACCAAUCAAUCUGUCAACAUGACUGUAGAAUCAAGUCAACGAGAGAUAAUGACUAGCUGCAGUUCAACCAACAGUCGACGACAUCUGUUAUCCACCUGUAGUCAAGAGUCAACACAUUACAGUCACGAUCCAGAAGACUUCGGCACCUUCACAAAUGGAAUUAAAGGCAAAGAUUUAGAGGAGGAAAUUGAUUAUAACCAAAAAAUAACUCUAUUACAGACUACAAGCUUAACAUAUCCAAUAAAUAUGCCAUCUAAAAAGAGGUUUAGAGAAUACCAAAAUAUUUCUAAAAAUGUGCUGGAGGAACCCUGUAAACAAACUGAACCUGAGGAAAAAGAGGAUGAGGAAGAAAGUACAGAGGAUGAACAAGAUGAAGAUGUUCCUGCUGCAGUAACGGAUUACAGGAAUAGUACCCCAGAAACAGUUCAGGUAGCCCACCCGUCAGUUAACCAGACACUCACUCCUUCACCAAGUACUUAUUCUUCAUGUUCUCCCCUAGGUGCCCAGGUCAUCUUAACAAGAAUCCCAGAAGAUGGAACUGUUACACAGACUCCUGACUCAUCGUUUCCUAUAUUUUCAGACUUUCGCUGCUUGUACUCAGAACAACUGUCGGAGGAAUCUGUUGCAUCUGCACAAUGUCAUCAAGAUAGCACACUCUCAAGCCUGGAGAAUAGCUUUUCAUCUACAGGCACCGGCCAAGGAACAACUGCUUCACAAUCUGUCUUUAAAUACAUACCAACACAACUUAUAGACAGUGCCUCAAAUCCCAGUGCUUUGAGUUCUAAGCUUGGCAACACACUCAAAUCACUUACAAACUGCAGACCAGCUGUCCUCUGGGACCAGAAGAUGUAUGCUCAUCCAACAUGAACUCGACAAAAACGUUUCUUGACUGGACUGUAGCUCCAGAGAACAGAAUGCAAUUUGCCCAUGCUGUAUUGCCAUCAAAGUGAUGUAAUGAUUUUCCCAUCAUCCAACAGCUAGCAUCAUUACAUCCGUCUGUUGUUUAUGAAUAUAUAGUAAUAUGUUAUUGAGUUCGACAGGCACACAUACACACACAUACCAACACAUAUACACGCUGGGUGAGCCGCACGCGUAUCUUUUUUUCUUGAACAGUGAAGCAGCUUCGGAAGCCUUCGGAAGCGUGACGUCAGCGACCUUGCACACUUCCCUUCUAAGCCAACCUCCGCUUCACUUUUUGAAAGCUAUUAAACUUGUUCUGGGGACUAAUCCUACAACUUUUAAAUACUAUGAAGGGUGGCAUAAAGUGAACUAUGACAGGCAAAAUAGCUCAAGGCCUUAAACUGAUGACAGGUCAAAGUAAAAUCAAUGAGGGCCCAUCCAACACAAGCGAGACGAUGUUUCUACAAGUACGUUAGGUUAAAAAGCUUCGUAAGCUUCGCCUCUGUAGUCUAGUGGUUAGGUGUGAGGCCUGAUGUUUGAAAGUAGGUGUGUUCGAAACUUGGGGUGGCGAU